GAGUGGAAGUGGGAAAUGACCAGUCACGAGAACAAAGAAGUACCGUCCGUUGCGCUGUUGGUGGCUGCUGAAAUUCCUGCACGAAGAUCAAGAAGGAGACGAUCAAGAGUGGGCGUGUUUUGUUGUCGGCACCUCCCCGGAGAGCGGCACAAUCGAGGUCGACGGAGCGGCGCCAUCGAGCCCGACGGAGCAGCUCCACUCGCUCCGAUGGAGUAUCUGUCCUACCAGCCGGACCAGCCGCCGCCGCCGUGUCUGAAACCUGAGUCGGUGCAGCUGUCUGACCCCGACACGGGACGGCUGCUGGUGGCACCCGAGUCGGAGCGGCCCGAGCCCAACUGUCCGCUGCAGAUCACUGAGAACACUCCGACCGGCGACCGCUACCAGGGACAGGUGCUCGGCUGGCGAUGGGAAGGUCUCGGCAGCCUGACGCUGCCCUCGGGGGUCCGCUAUGAGGGCCAGUUUCGGGACGGCCGGUUCCACGGUACGGGAACGCUGCACUUCCCCUCUGGCAGCCAGUACGAGGGACAAUGGGACCGCGGCGUCUGCACCACCGGUCUGUACACGUUCGCCGACGGUCUGAGCUUCUCCGACCAGAACUGGAAGUACUGCCAGUACCCGGACCGGCGCUACUGGUCCGAGAUCCAGUUCGGCAUUCGGCCCGCCGGCCGCUCCCAGCUCACUGACCGCGACGACGACCACCCGGCCGUUGACGUGCCAGCGGGCAUGUUUGACGCCGGGGACGGCGUGUACGAUCCCAAGUGUCGCACCGUGUACGACUACGGCGAUCGGCGCAAGAUCAAGCGCGUCGUGACUGACGACGACCACCAGUGGAUCAUGUCCCGCUGCCGGCGCGGUGGAGAUACGUUCAUGGGUCGCCGUGAGGAGCUUCACCAGGACCUGGCACCUCUGGUGUUCCACGGAGGACACUCCAAGGAGUCCCCGGAGCUGCCAGAGGAGCUCCGGUUGGAGGAUUUGAUCGGGGAGCCGGAGCGGCCGCAGCCUCCGUCUGAACUCGCUCCACCGCCGUUCGAUGUCAGAGAGCGGAGCGCGGACGUGGUACGAGAGGUGCUCCGCUCCGCUCAGCGGGUGGCCACGUCAGUCAGGUCCAUCGUGUCCAGCGCGGCCGGGCGCGUGACGACCGCCGAGGAGGAGGCCCGUCAGCUGGUGAGGGACGCGGAGAAGAGAGCCGACUCGACGAGCUCCACCAUCAGCUCUCUGAUGGACGAGGCGCGCCGCCGACUGGGCAGUCAGUCCAGCUCUGCCGGCAGCGGCUCCAGCACCGGCACCGGCACCGGCUCCGACUGGAGCACCACAGCCAGCAGUGACGAGCUCACGGCGCCGCCGGACGGGCCGCGGCGCCGGCGAGUGGCGCACGCCGCCCUCACCGACAGCAGCAGCGGCGAGUCGAUGACUGCGGACCGCUCGGCAGGUCGCCGGACGGCCAGCGGCCCGGACCGGCGGACCAGCGGCGGGCCGGACCGACGGACCAGCAGCGGACUGUCCGUGGGACGGGCCGGCAGCGGGGCGUCCGCCGGUCCGAGCAGCAGCACGGGCGACGGCAGCGGCGGUCACCACAGUGCCUAGUGCUGCAUGGCCCCCACAAUACAGCGAGCGAAAGGUCGAAGGCGCUAUAGCUUGCAGCUGAAGUCUUUGGCACGGAGCGUAUGCAUUGCAUGACAGUAGGUAAUUAUAAUGGUGUAAAUCGACGCUAUUGUGAAUAUCAUUGUCAAAUGUAGACAGGUGUAUAGGCCAGUACAUUGUCAAUUCUAUUUUAUUGCCGACCGAACACGUACUGGCAGCCAGGAAGUGAAUUUCAGUUCCUGGAGACUACCCAGUCGCCAGGGAAUACAGCCGACCUGCAGAACGUGUAUAAAUCCUCACCCAUCCAGAGAUUCGUAGAAACGUGAAUCUAAUUCCAGCGGGACUGAACCUGCCUGAACCGGGAGGCGCAGUGCUCAGCUGUCAGAUACCUAAGUCGGACAGGUCAAUAUUGGAGCGGCGCCAUGCAUCAGGGUUUGAAAUUAAACUCCAAGAUAAAUCAGCAUCAGCAAGAGCCCAUGUCGGACGUAAGACAGGUGGAUGUGUCAGGCUACAGCAGCAUGAAAUUCGGCCGUAACACAUGGUCAAUUUCAUCACAGGCCAUCAUUCGUUUCGAGGUGGAGACGCCGCGCUAUGAGGCAAACACAGUGGAAAUUGCAUUGGUUCUGGGUAAGGUAUUCCCGGCAAUAAACUACGGCCCGUGACAGGGGUUGAUAGAUGGCUGGCGCAGCGGUGAGCAGCUGCGACCACCGGCUGUGGGCAGCGCGUGCAGCUGGCCCGGUUCAACCGGUGGCACAGGACCGACCUCGCUGACAUUUAUAACGAUAUACGGCGGAUGCAUGUCUCAGGCAGAUCAGCGCUAUACAUACAAUAAACGCAAACGCGGUGUCAGCAACGGCUCGAGCCGUUGACGAAUAGCGCUUUGAACGCUUCAAUGUUAGUGGAUUGAACCUGCACUCACGCUAUUUGUUGAUGUCAGAAGACGCUGUUACUGAGUAAAUAUGGCUCCACUAGCUGUACGGUAUCAUUUAUUCAACAAUGCAUUAGAAGCGCCGGAGAGGUAGCGUUAGUAAUAAAUCAACAUUGCUCCCAA